UCCCCUCCUCCGUCCUCCUCUUAUCAGCAUGCCAGAGAGAGAAAGGCGAUCAGUAGGAGAAGGAGACGGAUUAACAACUAGCACUGAGGCCAUGGGACAAGAUGAAAUUUAAAAAAAGCUGGGAUUGACUGCAAAGAAGUGAAGGAAACACUUGUUUACUGACCAAUACUUAAAGAUCAGCAGAUGCCAAGACGAGGGAAGAAGAAACCAAAAAAGGAAAGUAAAAUUAGAGAAGAAAUGCAGACAUAAGGGUCAGUGCUAGCAGAGAGGAACUGGUGCUUGAUCAGGAAACAGGUGGAGCCAUUACAGAGAGACACCGGUAUCCAGCAUCACAACUACCAUGUACAGUGGAUAUGGAGGGAGUCCAUCGCGAACUCUGUCCACCAUGUCUCUGUCUGUCCGUCCAGUCAGACGCAUCACAUCCAGGUCCAUCACUAGGAGCCAGAGCUUCACUGGAGUUAACACCCAGGAGAAGUCUUACAGGAACUUCUCAGUGUUCAGCACUCCUGGUAUCAGCAGGAAGUCCAGCCGAGCAAGUGGACUCUUCACUAUGUCUACCAAAGUCAACCCACCACCGAAGGUUCCUCAACCAGAACGGCUGGAUGAGGUCUACAAUGCCCUGAAAAAAGGCCUCCAGUCUUACCUGUAUGUUUACCAAAUGGAUUUGGAAAACAUCAACAAACAGAUUAGAGAGUCUAAGAGAAACUCCAGACUGGGUUUCCUUUAUGAAUUAGACAAGCAAGUUAAGGUGAUUGAACGGUACAUCACAAAGCUGGAGUUUCAUCUCAGUAAGGUUGAGGAGUUUUAUGAAACCUACUGCCUGCACAGGAAACUGAGAGAUGGAGCCCACAAAAUAAUGAAGGCAUACACAGCCAACCCAGGAAGCAAGGAGGCUAAGGAAAGCCUGGGAGAGGCYUCUAAAGGAUACAAGGAAUGCACAGAGAUUAUGUGUGUGAUGGAAAAUGACUUUGAGAACCAGCUUGGAGAAUUCCACAUCAGAUUGAAAGGUCUUGCAGGAUUUGCCAGGUUGUGUGCAGGGGAUCAGUAUGAGAUCUUUAUGAAGUAUGGCCGACAGCGCUGGAAACUACGGGGAAGGAUAGAAAUCAACGCCAAGCAGGUGUGGGACAGUGAAGAGACGGUGUUUCUCCCUCUCAUUAACGAGUUCCUCUCUGUGAAGGUGACAGAACUGAAGAGCUUAGCCAAUCACGUGGUCGUAGGGAAUGUUUCCUGUGAAAUGAAAGACCUGUUUGCUCCACUCACCCAGGUGGUAGCUGUGGAUAUAAAUGAUCUUGGCACUCUUAAACUUAGCCUUGAAGUCACCUGGAAUCCAUUUGAUAAAGAUGACCAGGCCGCUCUUGUCAACAAAACACCAACAGUUUCAUCAAACAUCCUGAGACAACCAGGGACACCGCCCAUACGCAGUCAACCCUUCCCUUCUCUGUCACGCUGUCCACCAAGGCAGCAGCACUGGCCUCUCAUGGACAUCUUCAGGGGAACACUUACCCAGAGCUGUCCCUGUCGGGACAAUUCACCAGAAACACUCAGUGCAAUUCCUGAUGACAGCCCAGAUGGGGACGUACAAGAGCCACCCUGGUCAACCUCAGACUCAUCUGAUGACUCCUCUGGCCGUCAGUCGUCUGUGCCGGUGGAAACCAGCUCUCCACCUCUCACGGGUGUGUUAAGGACCUCAGGAAUCAAACCUGCAUCCUUUUCAUCUCCACAGCCCGGGGUUCACUAUUCUCCUCCUCCAACUGACAUUCCCAAUGGCAGUUCCACUUUAAAGGCUUCCAGCAUCCAAUUCCCAUAUGUAGCCGACAACCCAAGAAUGAUGGAAGAGGAACCAGUAACGAAUGGCCUUCUUGAGGAGCUGGAUUUGGUGGGAACCAUCAGCCCCAACCCAGGACAUGGGCAGUCUUACGCUCGCUCUCUGAGUCACAUCAGUGAGAGUAGCACCGAUGGGUUUGUGGAUUCAUCAGUUGGUGAUUCAGGAGAUAUAACCUCUCUGAUGUCUGGGAUCUCUAUAAAUGACAUAGAGAUCCCCUGUAGAAGAUCUGAGCCAGCAAGCCCCUCCCUCAUGCACACUGACAUUCCACCAAGCCUCUGUGUUGUAGAGGAAAUCCCAGAUGUCAGUCCCAUUCCUGACCCACUCAUUCGUCCACAUGAAGAAUCCUUUUUUCCCCAGGCUGACAGGGAUGAGCUAAACAGAUUUUAUCCUGACUUAGAGUACACAAACCCAUCCUCAACCAGCAGAAAUGGGACCUACAGAGCUCAAAAAGUGCUAGUUGAAGAGGACAGGCCAUAUGUGGGAGCAAGCUGGUUACCUGGAGGGAGUGACAGUGUGGUGGACAGUGAGCUGGAGGAUGCCCUGGAAAUUCUUCUUUCCUCUCUGGAUGAUUAUAGAGGACAGUUUCCUGAGUUGCAAACACUUGAACAAAACCUAAGGCUCCUGCAGGUAACUCUGAAGGGGAGCAGUCACAGCCGUUCAGCCAGCUUGGCCAGCCUCUCAGUAGAAUCAGCUUUGGGCAGCUUUGAUUUUCUGUCUUACUGUGAGGAAGAGGAGGAGAAGAUGAGUAGCAGGAAGAUGAGGAAUGGCAGACGAGAGCAUGGGGGCUGGGACAGUCCUCCCCUCUUCCAUUCACCUCUCACCACCAGCUGUGCCACUCUGGACUCCUCCCUGGUGRUCCAUCUGAAGAACUGCACAACACAGCUUUUGCGUCUUGGCACGUUUGGUCCCCUGCGCUGUGGAGAGAUGUACGCCUUAGACAAACUGCUGAGAGAGACACGUGUCUUUGGAAUCAUCCUUCGAAUUGUCAGGGACAACCCCAACCGGCCCAGGCAGCCUGCUGAAGUGAUACCAGAGCUGGGCCACUGCUUCGGUGCCCUGUCCCUUUGGGAGCAGACUACAGAGCGCGGCACUGUGUACUGUGUCUCUGUUGAGAACUUUCUCUCCACUCUGUCUACAUCAUGCUCCAGCAUGCCUCAUGGAGGGGCAGAUGCAGUGUUCUUGUGCCUCGUUGAGCAAAUUUUGGAUCAGAGGUUACCACGACGAGGCAACACAKGCAAAGGAAUUAUCACAGUGUUUCAGCUGUGGAGUUACUUGGAGUCUAACGGGAUCACUGAUAUGGAGACGCACAUCUCUGAGCUAGCAGAAGAGGUGUUCCUGGUGCAGAGCCUCARAUCCACUGACCUGGAUGUGAUUAUGAAUACUUUGAGACGGCCUCCUGAGCGCAACYUGAGGAGAGGAGAGCUCCAAGCUGUUGCCAACUUAUUGAAAGAUCCACGAGGCAAAGUGUCAACAUCUGCUAGCUCUUUACUGAGAGGCCUGACUGCUCAGCCCACACAGAGAGAACAGGCUUUGGUGCACUGCUUGGAGCUGCUGGAAGAUGAAAACAUAGACACCAGAGUGUGUGGAUGUAAAGCUUUGGCAUGUCUCAAGGCCAAAGAAAGCAUUGAGCAGCUGGUGUAUAUUUGUCAGACAGACAAGGAAGAUGUCCGAGAUGCUGCCAAACAAGCACUGCUGACACUGGGUGAGGAAGGAAAGAUGGCCUACAGACACGUGGAGAUAUCUCAGGACAGCUUGCCAAGRCUCUUUGCUCCAGGAAGCAUGGCCAGCACAGCCUUCUGACCAGACACAGCCAAUGACAGUCACAGCACACCAACAGCAUGGCACCACAGUCUCCACUGUGUCCAUCUGCUAAAGUGGAGGAUCAGUCGUAACUUAAACCUUUAUUUAGCAAUCAUCUAUAGUUAGGAGUACUUCAAACAAAUUUGCCAUAGAUGAUGACAUUUCUGAAGUAUGAGUUAAAUUAACAAAGAAAUUAAGUUCAACAUUCAUUAUUAUACAGUAUGAAGAACUUUUACAAAGUGUUACUGAAACAGACAGUUCCAGCACUGGUUGAAGAGCAAACAUUCCCAAAACGCUGUAUUAGCUGUUCUUAUAUCACUUUGUACUGGUCCAGGAAAGGCUCCAUUCAGUAAGUUGUUGCUGCUCCUCUUGUCACCGAACGAUCCACAUCUGUAGGAAACCAGUUGUGGCCACAGAAGGCUGCAGAUUUUUGACUGAUGCCUACAGAUAGAACGUAACCAUGACGAGAACUGACUACUCUUAUGCCUUCUCCAUGGAACCUGCAUCAUCUGCUAUCUGGAGUGAACAUUUGAAACAGAACUGCUGUCGUCUGCAGAGAACAGCAGGCCUUCAUUCCACUGCUGGUGGUGUUAAAGUCAAACUACAGCCAUUUCUGAGGGAAAUUACACACAAAAUAAUUACUGGGUAUUAAAGCAGUUAUUGAGAAAUA